AUAAUCGUUACGAUAGAUAGACGAGAAGGGACGGUACCGGUCGUAUUCACCGCGCCCAAGGAAAGAUAGUGGCGAAAAAUUCAGUGAUAAUUGGAAUAUUAGUGUACAAAUUGUGCGUGUUAUGCGUUAUUAUCUAUGAGACCUUAAAAAACAAAUUCUACAUGAAUAUUAGGAGUGGACAAUAUAUUUUCUAUGCAUGUAAACCGAUGUGGUUGUGAUUUUCCGAGCAUUAUUGGAUAGUUAUAUAGGUGAUUGGCGUAGGACGGUGUAGAACUUUGGAAAGAGGAAUAAACUUGUUUAGUGUCAAACAGUAUGAACGAAUUGGAUUCUCUUAGGCAAGAAGCUGAAACUCUUAAAAAUGCAAUCAGAGAUGCCCGCAAAGCGGCUUGUGACACAUCACUGGUGCAGGCAACUGCCAGUCUUGAACCAAUUGGUCGGGUGCAGAUGCGAACUAGGCGCACUCUCAGAGGCCAUUUGGCAAAGAUUUAUGCUAUGCAUUGGGGUUCAGACUCGAGAAAUCUUGUUUCCGCAUCACAGGAUGGUAAACUUAUUGUAUGGGACAGUCACACCACAAAUAAGGUACAUGCAAUCCCCCUUAGAUCAUCAUGGGUGAUGACUUGUGCUUAUGCACCAUCUGGCAACUUUGUUGCUUGUGGUGGUUUAGAUAAUAUAUGCUCUAUCUAUAGCCUAAAGACUAGAGAAGGCAAUGUGCGAGUAAGCCGAGAAUUGCCUGGCCAUACAGGUUAUCUUUCUUGCUGCCGUUUCUUAGAUGAUAACCAGAUAGUUACUAGCUCGGGAGAUAUGUCUUGUGCGCUUUGGGAUAUUGAAACUGGGCAACAAGUCACUUCAUUCUUAGGACAUACGGGGGAUGUUAUGUCUCUAUCUUUGUCUCCAGAUAUGCGCACAUUUGUAUCAGGGGCAUGUGACGCUUCAGCAAAACUUUGGGAUAUUCGAGAAGGUCUUUGCAAACAGACAUUUCCAGGCCACGAAUCCGACAUCAACGCCGUUACGUUUUUCCCCAAUGGUUUCGCCUUUGCUACUGGGAGCGAUGAUGCUACAUGCAGAUUGUUCGACAUUAGAGCAGACCAAGAAUUGGCCAUGUAUAGCCAUGAUAACAUUAUUUGUGGUAUUACUAGCGUCGCAUUUAGCAAAUCUGGUAGAUUAUUGCUUGCUGGAUAUGACGAUUUCAAUUGUAAUGUAUGGGACUCUAUGAAAACAGAAAGAGCAGGAAUAUUAGCUGGUCAUGAUAAUCGCGUUAGUUGUUUAGGAGUAACAGAUAAUGGAAUGGCAGUGGGGACAGGUUCUUGGGACAGUUUCCUACGCAUUUGGAAUUAGAGAGUGAUGCCAAAAAAACAUCAAAUUUCUCACCUGCAUCACAAUAUACGUUAAAUUGCAUUUAUUCAGAUCGAAACUUUUUUUAUUUUAAGUGUACUAUAUAUAUAGUUCUAUUUUUUCAAUAUCAAUUGCAUUUUUAUUAUCUUAUUUCCGUUAAUAGCAUAAAUGUGUCUAGCUUUGUGAUUGUAUUUCUUUAGUUGAUAAGUUGUUAUUUUCCGUGAAAUUUUUGCAAGUUUAGGCGCUAGCCCAUGUAUGUUGUGUAUAGUAUUUAAUAUCAUUUAAGUUAAUCAGUAUUUUUUCUGUUACUUGUUGAUGUAGGUGAGAAAUGGAAGAUAUUGGUUGUUUGGUAUAGCGUACAAUUUUUCAUUUUGGUUAGUUCCAAGUACAAAAAUAUGACCAAACUAGUUAAAAAGUACCGUACUUUAUCCUGAACUGUUUUUAUACAGUUGAGCCAGUUUCUCGGUCACUCUUUCUCCAAAAAAGGCCAGCUGCGUAAAAACUUCCUUUGAUGAAGAACAAAAAAGUAAAACAAAUCUGCUUUAGAACAAAACGGAUGGCAGAUUCAACACAAAACUAGUCCUACAAAUUUUAACCAAAUGUUGAAAGUGUGCCAUAAUCUCAACGUCACAAAUAAAUGUGAAGACCAAUAAUCGUCGAGUAGAUUGUGGCGUGGUUCCUUUGUUGAACAACAGGCAGAUUAUGAAUCAAAUAGUUUGAGAUACUGCCUAUAAAUUUUUUGGAAAGAACAGUGUUCCAUUUUGCUAUACUUUUUUUAUUUACCUCAGUGUUUUUUCUAUGACAUCGCAAUUCUGUACAUAUAUGUUCCUCUGAUGAUGUUUUUGUCUUGUUUCUUAGGAAUCUUAAGAUUUUAUCAUCCCCCACGUGACUAUAUAGCUUCAGCUUGAAUGUAAGUGGUAUGAACAUUUUUUUAAAGCUACAUUUCACUUGAUUUUUUUUUAAAUUUUGAUUGCACAAGUAUAUAUAAUAUGGUAUAUCUCCCGUGAUAUUUUUAACGUCUUUUUAUAAAAUUUCAUACCGUAUCGCGGGGCAUAUUGCCUUUAAAACUAAAUGUAUAAUUAUUUUAAAUUAUUUAUUCGAGUAUGUAAGUGAGAGCAUGAAACAAGUAAUUGUAUGAUUGAACGACUACUGAGUAGGGUUUAAUAAGAUCUGCUUCAAAGUCACAAAUACUUUAUGCAACAGAUAACAAUUUAUUUUAUAAUACUUUUGGAUAUAUCACAAAUUCAAAAGAAUAAUGAUAUAAACGAUACUUUUUUGUUUCGGAGAUAGAAAACGUCACCAUUCUAGAAUUUGUUCUGUGGUUUAGUGAACACGAAUCUCUUUGAACAAAUGAAUCUUUCUACUGAAUAUCUUGAUUUACUCUGCAUUUAUAAAUGUUUAUAUGAAUGGGUGAUUCGUACUUAUCAGUUCCAUUAAAAAAGCUUUUCUCUUUAGAAUAUUCUCUAUCUACCUCUCUUGAGGAUUAGCAUUAUAAAAAAAAUUCUCCAAUGACCUACAUGAAAUACAUAAUGUUGGGAUUAUAGAUUAAGUAACUGUGUAUGAAAAAUAAUUAAAUACGUUAAUAAUAGAAAAA